CGAAUUCCUUCUCUCUAAACUCCCCUGUAAAAGCACUCGUGCAUUCUCUUUAUUAAUAUAAAAAGGCUACAGGUGUUUCCACCUACAGUCUUACCGGUCAUUCUGAGUGUUUUUACUUUCUUUACUUUACUGAAUCAAGCCGACUAUUCUAGACCCGGUCUAGUAUAGUUUGACCGGUCAAGUAAUUUACACCAUCAAUAAUUGUAUGAAAUAAUUGUGUGAGAAUGAGUACUACUUUACUUUAAAAUGAGUACAACCCGGAUGUACCUAUUUCUAGGUACAACCGGCUGUACCAUAUACCUUCUCGUUUAGAAUGAUGACAUGUGGCAACUUAAGGCUCCUAAUUUGACACGCGUCCAAUGAAAGGGGAAGCUCCUUCCCUACCGAUUCUUUCUCUCAUCUUGGCGACCAUCUUCUUCCCGGAAGGAAAGAAAACCUGCAAGGAAACUAUGGAUGAUUCAACCCUAAUUCCUAGAUGCGUUAGAUCUUCACGGAAGGAAAGAAAUCUCUAUUACAGACCCAACGGCGAACUCGACGGCGGUGGCGACUCCUCAACCCGGCGGCAGUGGCAAUUCCCUGGGCUGUGCAGAUUCGGUCUCCCUUUCGGCAACGGCUCUGAACUUACGUUUCCAAUCCAUUGGUCAAAACCAUCUAAAGCCUUAGAGCUCCCUAAGCCAAGCAAUCUAAGAUUGGGAAAUUGGGACACUCCGGUUUUAUCCAAAGAGCACCUAAGUUAUGUUGCUACAGAUGCUUUUGUUUCAUGGCACCUAUAUCAGGUGUUGAAGAGCCUACCUGAUGCUCCAAUGCCAAAGCACAUGGACAGGGAGUGAGUUAUGAUUGUCAAUCAUCUUGCUUUAGUGCCAUCAUGAUUUGAUUCGGCCGGCAAUUGGGAUGACCACCAAAGAGUUUUUGGUCUGGAUGGUCAAGAUAUGUAUGUGGGUUCACAGAAUGAAAGCUUUCCAUAUGUAUAUUAUACACCAAGCUACGGGUAUGCAGAAUCUGUAUAUAGCCCUUAUACUCCUGGUGCUGUGGUAGGAGUUUACACUUCAUAUAUGGGAACACAGCAGUACUACACCAUUCCUUCUUAUGAAAACCCGGAGUUUGCCCAAUCAUAAUUCCCAAUGGUAAUGCGAAAUGAAUCUGAUAUUGUGGCAAACAGUAAAACUCCAUUCUUUGUUAGUUCCUUUUCUUCUGCUAAUAUAGCUUAAAGCCAGGGUGAAUAGGAAAGCAACACAUAUCAUCAUUCUGCAUGAAGUGGAUUGCUUGAGUAGUUAGAUUUGGAGUUUUUAAUGAUAUUCUUGAAAAUCUAUCUGUGGGGGAAUAAUAUAGGUUACUAAUAAUU